CAAUCAAGCCCGUUAGUUUGUAUCAGUGCUUAAAUUAUGUUAAGCAAUGCAAAGGAUUCUAAGAGGAUGAAUGAAUGCCCGGUCAUUAUUCACCUUUUAUUUAUAAGAUAAAUGGAAGGCAGGGUCCGUUGAAUGAAGAGGUUCCGUUAGAUAGGCACUUGAAGCCUAGAGAAAUUGCUCCGCUUGUUCAUCAAAGAACAAACAGGAUGAUAUGGUCCAUAAAUUCCAUGGAGGUUGGUACCAAUGAAAUCGGAUUUACCCUCUCACUGGUGGCGGGAUCAGAAAGAGCCAUAAAACCUCUUGGGCCAACAAGAGAAUUUGGAGUCAGAAUAGGAAGCCGCAGCCGCUUUGUUCGGUAAAGUUUGGGAAGACUCGAGUGGUUUCCAAGGAUUUCUCGUCAAGCCACGUGUGGGUCGCAUGUGACCGCGGAUCCCCAAUUUCGAGAGAGCGCGCGCUGAAAUUCGUUCACGGUUUCCCCGUAGGUACCAAAAUCCGGCGGUUCUCGGUUCCUCCAAUGAAAUGAGAGAUCCGCCAGUCCGACGGCCAGAUAUAGAGACAGAAGCUCCUCCCGGAUCGCGGCCCCAUCCAACAGCCAGCGCGACAUCUGCCCAAAUAUAAAAGAGGGACCCGACCCAACCUUCGCAAUGAGGCGAAAAAGCUAAAGCUCCACGGAGGCGAUAAAGGAGGGAGAGAGCUCGAAGGAGAUGUCGGGACGCGGGAAGGGAGGCAAGGGUUUGGGUAAGGGCGGAGCGAAGCGCCACCGGAAGGUCCUCCGGGACAACAUCCAGGGCAUCACGAAGCCCGCGAUCCGGCGCCUGGCGAGGCGUGGCGGCGUGAAGCGCAUCAGCGGUCUCAUCUACGAGGAGACGAGAGGCGUGCUCAAGGUCUUCCUGGAGAACGUCAUCCGCGACGCCGUCACCUACACCGAGCACGCCCGCCGGAAGACCGUCACCGCCAUGGACGUCGUCUACGCCCUCAAGCGCCAGGGCCGCACCCUCUACGGCUUCGGCGGCUAGAGCUUAGAGUUUUGGGCAUGGCCUUAAGAUUUGAUGGACUUAUUGCUUAGCAUUUUAGUUUAACAAAUUUCCCCCCUCAAUGUUAAUGAUGUGCACAGUCGAUGGGAUUCUUCGUUUGGUAAAUUGUGUUCGCAUAACCUAUGAACGAUUUUGUAAUGGUGAUAUGCGUGUAUUUGUAGAUGGCAUUAAAUUUUAAUUAGCGCUCUAAUUCUAUGU